AUGGAUAUAAAUACCCAAGAUAGACUUUCAUCGUCUUCGGCCUCGGCCCCUAGUUAUAACAGUGCACAGUCAACCAGAGACAAUAGUCCGGAUAUCGCUUCACCAUUAACAUCACAGAAACAGGCUGAUCAGUUAAAGAGUAAAUGGCGUCUGGGUCUGCUUUUACUUUCUGUUGUCAUAGUAUUAUGGGUGGCAUCAGGAUUUUUGGUUAACGGAAUAUUUGAAUCUGGAGUCUAUCGCAAACCAUAUUUUGUGACAUACUUAAAUACGGGCACAUUUACCGUUUAUAUAAUUCCAUCAGCGUGGCGAUGGAUAAAGGAAAAACUAAAACACCGUGGUUCAGUCACAACUCAUACUAAUUACCCAUAUAACAUACGAGUACAAUCAUUAACAGAACAAGAAGGGUUGCUAUCACCUGCUCACAGUCAACAUAGCCUACAAGAUUUAGAAGCUGCUUCCGCGGCACUUCAAAAGAAAACAAGCGGAUCAAAAGGUCAAAAUACCCCAGAAUUGCCUAAAUUUACAGUUGCCCAAACUGCAAAGCUUGCAUCUCAGUUUUGCUUUCUGUGGUAUUGUGCAAACUUAUUUUCGAAUGCUAGUUUAUCCUAUACAUCAGUAGGUUCUUCUACAUUGUUAACUAGUACUUCCUCCAUUUUCACGCUUAUUUUAGGGAGCAUUUUUAAAGUGGAGAAGUUCAGCUUUAAGAAACUAGGCGCACUAGGCAUAUCGAUUCUGGGAAUUGCCCUUAUCAAUAGAGAAGAAUCCAUUAGCACGAGCAACUCGGUAAAUGGAGGGAAUCCAGACAAUCCUCAAGGAUUAGCCUGGCUUGGAAAUUCAAUGGCACUGGUUAGCGCUCUGCUUUACGGUUUUUAUACAACAUUACUCAAGGUUCGCGUAGGUGAUGAUGACGAGCGUAUCAACAUGUUUCACUUUUUCGGAUUUGUUGGACUAUUCACUCUGUUGCUGUUAUGGCCUAUGAUUGUGAUUUUCAACUAUUGUGGUGUGGAAAAGUUUGAGCUUCCACCAACGGAGUACGUCUGGGUUAUUGUGCUCAUCAACGCAGCCUCGACAAUCAUUUCAGAUUUUUGCUGGGCAAUGUCAAUGUUGCUGACAUCUCCACUCGUUGUUACAGUUGGUCUAUCGGCUACCAUUCCCCUAGCUUUAGCUGGCGAUAUGAUUCUUAAAUCGCAUUUUGGCACUUGGCUCUAUUAUGUUGGUGCUUUGCUUAUGUGUCUAUCAUUCUUUUUCAUUAACCGGCAAGAAACAGUAGACCACGAAGAUUCACCAAGUGAGCCUGACCCUCAUUAA